AUGCAGAAAGUUGGAUCGGCUCAUCAUAAUGUGACUGUCUUAGGUUCGGGGGAGACCACAGUUGUCCUCGGCCAUGGUAGCGGCUGUGACCAGUCGGUGUGGAAGCACCUUGUCCUACACCUCGUGGACGAUUACACUGUCAUUCUAUACAAUGACAUUGGUGCCGGGACCACCGACCCCAACCUCUACGAUUUCAAACGCUGCUCAUCCGUCGAUGUCGAGAGAUGCAUUUACGUCGGGCACUCGCUGUCCCCUUUGGUGGCCGCCAUAGUCUCGAUUUCCAGACCCAAACUGUUCCGUAAAGUGGUCAUGAUUUCCGCUACCCCGAGAAUGGCAAACUCGAAGGACUACUACGGAGGCACCGACCAGGAAGCUAUGGACCAUAUGAUGGCCGCCUUUGAGAAGAAUCCCACAUCUUUCUACGCGGACAUGGCCCCGCUAAUGGUGGGCGGUAGCCCGGACUCGGUGGCCGUGGAGGAGUUCAAAAGAACUAUAGCUAUGGAGCGGCAGAACAUCGCCUUAAACAGGUCCCGCCUGAUAUUGUCUUACGACCUGAGGCCAUACCUCGGCCAAAUCAUCGUCCCCUGCCACGUCAUCCACAACUCCAAGGACGCGAUUGUGCCGGUGGAGGUGGCUGAUGUAACGCCCCACUUUUAUUUGCCGAAAAUCAGAAUAAAAUUUUGA